AUACCUCAUAAAACUUAUAUACAACAUAUGUGAUUGAAACAGUUCUACAGCUGUGCCUGACUGGUCUCUUUUAUACAACGUGCACGUGUUCCGGGAAGGAUAAUUUAAAAACAAAACGAGUUUCGGAGGAUAAUCGUUAUUUAUAAGAAAAUACUCGUGAUGCCACAACAUCCGCUGUAUGCCAAAAGUUAUUUUUUCCUGUUUCUGAUCCUCGCUUAUUUUGCCAAAGGCCAGCUAGGUUAUCAAUUGCCACCCAAAAUAAUCAGUACAUUCAAAAAUGAAUAUUUUUACCCUCGAAAUUCCACAUUGGCUGAUGCUUCAUUUAACUGCACUGCGCAAAAUGGACCAAUUCAAUACCAAUGGGAAAAAGACGGAGUAGUUGUACAGAAUAGUCAGUAUGUAUCUAUAGACAAUUCAACAGGAACUCUUAAGUUUGUCAAGAUGCAGAAAGGGAAUUACGGAACUUACCAAUGCUUUGCUACAAAUGAUAACGGAACAUCACUUUCAAAGCCCUUUAAAGUGAAGGAAGCAAGUCUAGGAUCUUUUCCUACUAGUAGUAUUCAAGAGGUACAAUGUAAACAGUAUGAACAUUGCAUAAUCCCGUGUCGAAACAAGCCACGAUGUGCGCCAGAAUCACAUUGUAAAGUAAGGUGGAAAAUCGGAGAGGGAACUAACACUUACGCACCGAUAAACACACGGGUUGCUGUGGAUAAUAAUGGUGAUCUCCACUUUUUAUGGACAAAACCUGAUGACUGGACAGGCUUACCGUACCUUUGUGAAGUGUCGCAUGAACAACUAAAUAAGCCAGUUGUUGGCAGUCAAACAAGUCUGAGAAUUGACAAGACAUCAAUGGCUCUAGAAAUUGACCCCUUUUCUGUGUUCAAAGAAGAUGGCAAAGCAUUAGUUGGAGGGAGAGGCGUACUGAGAUGCAUGUUUUCUGGAUAUCCAAUCCCAGACAUUCAAUGGACAUCCCCUCAAGAAACAAUCAUCAAGAAUAUUCCCAGCAAAUAUGAAAUUAGUGACUUUGGAAGAGUACUGACGAUCUUGCAAUCAACCCCAGAAAAUGAAGGAUUUUACAUUUGUUUAGGAAAGGCGAAAACAGAGUCUCGUCCUCAAAUUGUCUCUUUUAAUGUCACAUCGGCCCCUGCUCUGAUUGGAGACAAUCAGAUGCAUGACAUGACAGUAACAGAGGGAAACAACGCCACAUUUCGUUGUGAAGCGAUUUCCUUGUCGGAUGAGCUGCCACCAACGCAACCGCUAUGGAAGAAAAAUGGAGUUGAUCUGGAUUUUGAUGAAGAGAAGUACAUAUUGACAGAGAACAGCAAAUCGUUGACUGUUAUUGAUGUUCAGAAGUCGGAUACAGGGGUUUACCAGUGUAUGUCAGAGAACAGUGAGGGCGUUCUUUUGAAGGAAGCCAUACUCAAUGUUAUAGAUCCAUUACGGACAGACAUUACCACUUACAACAUUGCGACAAAUAUUGCCUAUGAUAAUAUUACAACUACAGGUGAUACACUUACUACUACAGUUAAACAAACAGAAUCCCAAACCGUUAUCUACUACAUUGUAGUCUCUGUAGUCGUCGUUUUAAUCAUCAUAUUGAUACUUGGCUGCAUCGUAUUCCAAAGAAAAAAGAAACAGAGUUAUAUUUUGAACGAGGAAAAUAAUGCCAAUCAAGAUGACCAAGAAAUACAACUAGGACAGACCCCCCCAAGGCCGGAAAAUAAUGGAUUACUGAACAACCCCGAAUAAGACUACGAGGAUGAGAAAACAUCAUCGACGAUGAUGACGACAGCCUGGGCGAAUGCGAGGGGGGUCUCGAGUUGAACAAGUUCAACGAGGACUGUUCGCGAAUAAAAAGGAUAAAAAAAAUAUCUAGGUCCGAGUCGGACGUCUAGAACACAAACAGCAGUAUUAAUAGCAUUGGUGUGUAGGUGAUGAUACCUGGGGAGUUUUUCGAUUGAGUGAAACCUAAGUUUGUGAUUUUUUGUACACAGACUGUAUUCACGUUAGGGUAUAUUAGAAUGUCUUUAUAAGGCAAUAUUUAAGCUUUUUUUAAUGAAUAUAAAUGAUAUCUAUUACUGUCUUUCAUAAUUGGCUCACAUUUUGAAUAAACAGGGUAAUUGUUUUUUUUUCUAAUGAGUAGGUAUCAUUCACAGUCAUUAAUAGUUCUGUUUGAACUUUGAGAAAGUUUUUUUAAAGGUGGUAUGGGACAUCUGUCGAUAUCAUUAUGGAUUAAAGUACAUUAUAAUUGACAGACUUUCACCGGUUCAGAAUUUUCAAAUUUUACAAUAUUUAACCAAGAAAUAGCUUUUAAAAAUAUUUGGAGAGGUAAAAAUUGUAAAACCGUGAGCGGGAUUCGAACUCAUGAUUUACAGAUUCCUCGUAAACCCACUAACAUACUGCGCUACACUGUUAGGUGACAGUAUUGGAAAGAAAAUACUUUUAUAAUUACACUUCAUUUUAUCGUUUGUUUUGAUAAAUAAUACGUCACAACAUGGAAGUGUUCCAAACCACCUUAAGAACAGAUACAUGUUUUUGCUCAAUGCAAGCUAUGUUUAAAAUUUAUUAGUGAUUUAAGUUAAUGUAACAGCUAUGUGGUCUUUCUUCACCAAACUUGUCGGAUCUAUACAUAUAGAAAUGCAAAAUACCAAUCAUGUUACUAGUUUAAAGUGGCGCAAAGUUAUGUUACCCUUUUGAACAUAUUCUUGCAAAAUCAAACAUAUUGGUCGUCAGUCAUACUUGUACACUUAAUCUUCAAACUUGAGUCACAGUCCUUAGUUCAAUGUAACUUUUCUAUUUGUAUUAAUCAGUGGAAGGACCUGUAGAAUGAUAAUGUAUUUGUACUGUCCUGCAAUGACGUUUGCACAUUUUAAAAUGUUUUUAUUUAUUUUGAGUUUGUGAAAAGGGUUGUUUUUAUGUUUUAAACAAUUAAACUGCAAACACAGAGUGCUUGUAUACCGAGUUAAACUUUUAAGGGGUUUCUUUCAUGAUUGGUUUCUUUACCUUUCAGACUAACAAGGAUAAAUAGAUAUGCUCAUCUAUUGAUAGGACGACAAUUGAUUUGCGUUGCAAUAGCAUUCAUGUGCAAAUUCUUAAACCUUUACUGUGAGUUUAUAUCUAUUUGAAGUAAGUGUCCCUUCCAUGCAUUAAACUGUUCAAAAUAAUCAACACUCUGUAUUCUAGUCAAGAACCUUCAUCAAAUGCUUAUAUGUUUUUCAACCUACUUUAUUUCUUGUAUAAAUUUGGUUCCUAAAAUGUUUAAUGUCAAUUAAAACUUUUGAAAUGACUGAAUAUUGUCUGUUUAAUAUCAUUAAAAAUGAAAUAUU